GAUCAUUCAACAAAACUGAAAGUGCAAUCCGAUGAAACGCCGAUUAAAACACAAGAAAUCGAAAUCGUAGUUUGUAAUUUAUUAAUUAAUCACACAUCAACAGAAUUUAUAUAAAAUAAACAAAAAUAAUUUAAUUACUAUUUCUGUAAAAAGCGGUAAAUAAUGAACGCACCACCUACCUUCGAAUCAUUCCUCUUAUAUGAGGGCGAGAAAAAAAUCAUCAAGGAACUGGACACCAAAGUACCGAAUGCCGCAAUCUUCACAGUGAACAAGGAGGACCAUACCCUCGGAAACAUGAUCCGCAAUCAACUGUUGAAAGACCCGAACGUCCUCUUCGCCGGUUACAAACUUCCGCAUCCACUGGAGCACAAGUUCGUCAUUCGAAUCCAGACAACAUCCGAUUAUUCCCCGCAGGAAGCGUUCAUGAAUGCCAUCACCGAUCUGCUGUCCGAGUUGUCCCUGUUCGAGGAACGUUUCAAAGAAGCCUACAAGGAGAAGAAGGAAGGAGUCGACUAGGCGUAGAACGGGAAGAGGGUGAGUUUCUCAGUAUUUCCGUUCGAGACGAGGAGUCGCACGCUCAGUUUGACAGUGUUUUAUUAUCCUAUCUAUCCUGUUCUAGUAAUAUCUAUUGUGUGAAAUAAAUAAAAGACGGUACUCA